AUGAUACCCGUAGCCACGCUGUCGACGAACCCGCCGCAGUUCAUACGCGCAGAGGUCGAACUCAUACGCGAGGAUUUGCGGAGACGGAAGGCGGUGAGCACGAAAAACCUUGGCUCCCCCCUCGAGAUCCCUGGAAAGGCCCUCGCCCUCCAGGUCAGAGGAGACAACGCGUGGAUUGCGGAGAACGACCAUCUCGUCAGAAAGCUCGAUCUCGAGACCGGAAAGUCUCUCCAGGUUUUCCGCGGACACACAGCGCCUGUGACAUGUCUCGCAUUCUUCGACAAGGUGCAGGGCUCGGGCGCGGGCGAUAUCCUCAUCACAGGCUCUUGGGAUAAAACCAUCAAACUGUGGGACGUGCGGACCAAAGCCCUGAUCUCGUCCACGAACGCGCACACCGACUUUGUCAAGGUCCUCCUCGUGAUCCCCGCCCUUCGCCUCCUCGUCUCCGGGGGGUCCGACUUCGUGGUGCGACUAUGGGACCUUUCUGCGAUCCAAGAAGGGAAGCCCCUGCCCUCCGUCGGCUCCAUAUCGUCACACACCCGCCCCGUCGAGGCGCUCGACGCACGCGCGGUCACAGACAGUACCGCCGUGCUCUACACCGCCGACACCAUGGGCAUCAUCAACGUCUGGGACCUUACGCGGGAGGACGACGACGACAGCGGCGGCGGCGUCCCGCCGCGGUGGCGCAGCACACUGCAGGACAGCCUGGACCACCACCGUACGCGGAUCAACGCGAUGGUGUACGGCAGCGGGCAGCUGUGGACAGCGUCCUCGGAUGACACCGUCCAGGUGCGGCUGUACCCGCCCUCGCCCGGCUCGCAGCCGCGCAUCCCGCCCAUCGCGCACCCGACCGCGGUCAAGGCGCUCCUCCCGCUCGCGCUCACGCCCCUCGCCGAGCCGUACCUCAUCACCGGCGCGGGCGACGCCCUGCGCGCGUACGACGUCUCUGAGCUGGACGAGCCCGAGCUCCUCGGCACGGUCGACGGGCAUUGGCACGACGUCACCGCGCUGCAGCUCUGGAUGCGCAGGAUCCCCGCGGCCGUCGAAGGCGGGCGGGUGCGCGUCGAGCCGUGGAUCGUGAGCGCGAGCUUGGACGGGACGAUCCGCAGGUGGAAGCUCAGCGAAUUAUUGCAUCCUCCGCCGCCCAAGCCUGCGGAAGAGAAGAAAAUGUCCGCUACGGUCCGGAUGUCAGAAGAGGAAGAGCGCGAGCUUGCGGAUCUCAUGGAUCUCAUGGAUUCCGAUUCGGACUAG